UUAUUGACGCACGGUUUUCAUUACUGUUUACUUGCAUGAACGUGGCAAUAACAUAGACAUAGGUAGUGGGUGUGUGACGUCAAUCACCAUCUUCAUUGUUUGUUAAAAAUCUGCACUGUUACCUACAACUCAGACAAGUUUUGGAGCUUAGACUCACACGAGACUCGGAUCUGCCGAGAUGAGUGCGGGACGUGUUGCUUUAUUGUUUUUCUUGAGUGUUUCAUGGUUUGCAAACUGCGCGCCCCCAACCUGUUAUUCGCGUGUUCUCGGACUCAGUAAAGAAAUAAUGGUGGCGCUGGAUAAAAUGCACAAACAUAAUCGCACGAAAUUGUGCGCAGAGUUCUUGCCAAAGAUGUUUCUCGAUGUCCACAAUUCCUGCAUCAUGGCCAAGCUGCGAGACUUCCUGUAUGUGGCAGAGAACUUGCCAGUGGAAGACUGCAGGGAGCGGCCGAUAGUGGUGUACCUGAAACGCAAAGCCCGUGUGCUGUACAUCAUCAUAAACCGUGUAUGCUUCAGGGACCUGGUGUAUUUAACAGAUGACUGUGAAGCUCUAGACACAGGGUACAGCAGCCCACGCUACACAGAGGACCGACUACAGAUUCUGGAGGAAACCGACUGACACAUACACACGCACAAACAGAAACACAGACACAUACAUAAAAUUAUACAGUCUCUAAAAUCAUAGUUGCUCACACACACACACACUCUCACACACAAAUGAAAAAUCAUACAGUCCUUUGCUCUGGACUUCAUUUAAAGACAAAAUAUAUGCAUACUUGCAUGCAAAAACAGCCCCUUUCCAAGAUCACAGUGUUUGUGAGAGCUUGGUUCUCUUAGCCUGACUGCAGUGUGUUACUGCAUUCCAGCAGCCAGAGGAAUCUUUCCACAGGAAAUGGGCUAAAUGCAGCCAAUCCUUUCCAAAACCUUUAAAACUCUCAAAACAAACCACAUAGUCUUGCAUGCCUCAUAUUUAUCACAACAUGCAAAACGCAUGUGUCACACCAUUCUGGCUUUGUGGUGUGUGUAUGUGUAAUUGCUACAUAAUAUUUCUUGUAACUAUUCAGUGGUGACAUUCAAGACAGUAGUAACUCUCACUGAAUCAUGGGCCAAGAUGACACUGAGGACUUCUGUAUCCUCAUAAUAUUUCAGUCUGUAGCUCUUUUCUGUUUCUCAGACUUUCUGGGAAUGGAAGCUGCUUAACUCACGUUUGCUUGUUUUCAUGUUUAUUAGAGUGAGUUUUCUGUCUUAGUUUUAUCUAUCAAAGCUUCUGUCCUUUUUGUGGAAUGUAUUUCCUUUACCCUAAUGUAACUAAGGUAUUUAACUAAAGAGACUGCCUGCAGUA